CACUAGCAAUUCCGAGCUUCACUCACUUGACGCCCGGAGGACGGCCCAGACAGACGCUAGACGUGUGCAGGGGCGUUUCAUAUAGCGGCACACAGCCCCCGCCCACGCCGCCGACGCCUGCGCGCCAUCGCUGCGCCGGCACACCAAACGCAGAGAGGCCGCAGCGAUGGACCGCGGCGGCCGCUCUGGGGGCGAGCGCCAGGACCCUUUACCCGCCGCCUUCUUGGAAGUGUACACGAAGCACGGUCCCAAGCCCUACGCCGAGGGCGAAAAAGUACCGGUAUAUAACAAAGGGAUAUUUCGCAACCCCCAGGACGGCCCCAUGAAAAGUGGAGAUUUAGUCAUAUUAUACUUCGAGGACGAGUCCAUGGACUAUCUUUAUUUGCGGCCCGAGAAUUUCGCGAAACACAGCGGCAAAUUUGGGGAUUUUGAUCAUCGGGAUUUCGUCGGAAAGGAAUUUGGAGAGAAGAUCUUCUCGAGGACGAAUAAGGUGGGACGGAGGGGCAAGCAGUCGUCGGAAAAGGGCUGGCUGUACGCCCUGUGCCCGACGCCCGAGCUCUGGACCGAAGUCUUACCUCAUAGAACGCAGAUCGUCCAGACGAGCGACCAGGCCGUCAUCUGCUUCCAGCUGUCGUUGUGGGACGGGAAAAUAGUGAUAGAAGCAGGUACGGGCUCCGGAGCCAUGACGACGGCGAUGGCGAGGUGUGUCAUGCCGCGCGGGUCGGUGCGGACGUUCGAAUUUAAUGAAGUGCGAGCGCAGAAAGCUCGGGACGAGUUCGAGAUGAACGGCUUGACGGAGCCGCUCGUCGUGCCGCGCUAUAGGGAUGUUUGUGGGGAAGGCUUCGGGAUGAGCAGGGAGGCGGACGCGAUUUUUCUGGAUUUGCCGGAGCCGUGGCUCGCGGUCGACCAUGCGAUCGAGGCCUGUAAACACGGUGCUCGGUUCUGCUCCUACAGUCCUUGUAUUGAACAAGUGCAAAAAACAGUUGAUAAGUUACGAGAACGCCACUGCGACCACAUCAAGACGAUCGAGGUCCGCGAGCGCGAGUUCGAGGUCGUUAAAAAUGAGAUGGCCGAGGUCGUGGCGCCGCCGCAGCGCGUCGUCGAGGGCGCCAAGGCGCGUAAGGUCGACGACGACCAAGGCAUGUGGCCGCUGCCGCCCUACAUGGCCGUGCCUUACCCCGAGCAGCGGGGCCACACGGCCUACCUGACCUUCUGCACCCUGCCCUAUUCGUGGGGCUACGACGAGCGGGCGCCGUAUUUGGACGGGCGCCCGCUGCCGGACCUUUCCGAGUACCCCGAGGGCAUGUACCCUACGGAAGGGGACGACGAGGAGAUGGCGCCGGUCGGGCCGCCGGUCCCGCCGCCGCCGUAACUGAAUGUGUUAGCUUACUUCCUUGGGAGGGCCU